AUGGAAAAAACAGAUAUAGAUUUAACAGAUUUAUGCGAUGUUUGCCAUAAAAAAGCAAUGUACUCAUGUCCUAAUUGUGGAGCUAGAUAUUGUUCGAAUGAAUGUUUUAAGAAACAUUCAGUUUCUUGCGUAAAUAAAUUUGCUUCUAAUUCUUUAAAAACUAUGGCAGCUCCAAGAGUAUCGACAGAAGUUAUCUUAACUACUCAAAAGUUAUUAGCUAAUAUGGAUGCUAAUAAAUCCGAAAUAAUGCCAUCUCAAGAAAUUGAGCCUUGGAAAGCUUGGUGGGAAGAGAAAUUUAUAGUUAAUCCUCCUCAAUCCAUAUAUCCACCUCCAGACAAUGUUUCUCCAUUGCUUCCUUAUCAUCUUGUUGAUAUAUUAUAUUCAUACUGUUAUAUUCUGAGAUUAUACAAUGGAGAUAUUUCUUUUGAUAUAUUAGGUGCUGUUGAAUCAAUGCUUUCUAUAUCUAAUGUUCUUGAAGGAAAACCAAAUUUAAAUUCUAUAAAAGAAUCUUUGGCACCAUGCAUCGAAAAUACAAGAACCGCUGAGCUAUUUGUUGAGUUUCAAUGGCAAGUAGAAGUUGUUCAUGAUGUUGAACUCAUAUUGCAAACAAAAGAUCAUGUUCUGAAAGCAGUUUAUGAGAUGUUCAUGAUAUUUUCCAACUCAAAACACAAAAGGGCAACCCAAAAGCUCAAAUUUUUCGUAGCAUGGGUACCUUCAAUAAAUAAAAAAGAAUUAGAGAAAAUAUCGGACGAGGUACAUGAAUACUAUACAUCACUAAGAGUAUAUUUAUUGGACGUUCAUUCAAAAGACAUAUCUUUUGGAUAG